AUGUCUGAUUGGUUGAAUGAAAAUGCAUUUGCAGAUAGUAACAGCAAUGAUGAUUUUUUAAAUUCCAUUUUUGAUCAAAACCAGGGGGAGCAACAGGCUCCACAGGCUCCGCAGGUUCUGCAGGUUUCUACGUCUAUGACAAAUCCACCGGUUCAAUCACAAUCAGCUCUGUCCACUUCAAGAAUCCCCCAAGCACACACUCCAAUGUACCAACAAUCUCCUGUUAUUGCUCAUAAUAUACCACAGAACAGUCCGCAAAACAUGCCGAGUCAAAUGGCACAGCCCCAACAACAAAUACCACCACCUCUGCAACAGGCUACAGCUCAGAUGCUUCCUCAACAACAACUAAAACAGCAGCAGCAACAACAACAACAACAACAACAAAAACAAGAACAAUUGUACAGAAUGAAACAACAAAUUUAUCAGCAGAAGAUGCUAAAAAAGCAACAAGAAAACAUGUCUCGUCAACCUUCUCCAAUGAAUUCAGUUGGACAGACCCCACAGCAAAAUACACCGAUUAACCAAAACGCAAAAGCACCUCAAAAUAAUUCAAAAUUACAAUCAAUGCAAAUGGAAUUGUUUUUUUCUGUUUUGUAUGAGUUUUUGCAAAGGAGCGGGAUCGCGAUUCCUCAAUCUUUAGCAAUCAACGGUAAAAGAGUGAACUUAUUCAUUUUGUACAUUUUGAGUCAAAGAUUGGGUGGAUACAGGGUUAUGAAGGCAUUUCUACUUAUGUCUCCUGAACAGCAGCAUAUGCAGCAACAAAAUCCUUGGGCAUUAAUGGCAGAAAAAAUGGGGUUUCAUGAUGAAGGAGAAGACCCAAUGACUAAAGAAAGAAUUGAUAGAGAACUUUGCAAUUGCUAUAGUAACUUCAUCUUACCGUAUGAAGAGUAUUAUGCAACACCUGAAGGGAAUAAAGAUAUUGAAGCUAGUAAGCAUAGGUUCCAACAGCAGAUUGUCCAAAAAUAUCUGUCUAAUGUGCCAACACCAGUUCCUAAUCAACAAAGUCCAAUGGUGAGUAGUGCUCCAACACCACAUCAACAAAGAAAGUUGUCUCGUACCAGCAACUCUGUCAACAAUUCACCAAAUGUCAGUUCUCCUUUCCAAAACACACCUCGACAAGUUCCAGCACCAGCACCAGCACCAGUACAACUGUCAUCUAUGCCUCCGCCAACACCUGUUACAGCCACAGUGAAAUCUCAAAUAACUAAAGCAGAUGCCCAUAUUUUGAAGAAUUAUACUCCUUUCAAAAAGAUUGUAGAAACUCAUGGUCCAUACAAUAUCAAAGAGCUUUCGCAAUUGUCCACUGAAAUCGAGGUGACCAAACCAGUUUAUCUUUUUGCUCCAGAAUUGGGUGUUAUCAAUCUCCAAGCGUUAACAAUGUCUAUAAAAAGCAAUAGUGGAAUACAAAGCUCGGAAGUAGUGAACGCGCUAAACACAUUGUUGGUUGCAACAUCAGACGUCAAUUAUGCUUUUCAAAUAAAAGACAUUAUGGAGCUAUUAGACGCAUUGUCUUCUUUAGGGAAGGAUGUUUUGAACAGAAUUGUUGGGGCUAACACAGAAGAUGAUUGUGUGAACUCUGAUGUGACAAAAUUGUCUGCCAAUGGUAGGAUCGAUGAUAUCUUCAAUCGUUAUGUUAAAGGACAAGGUGAGGAUAUACUGUAUGUUGUCAACUCCCUUACUGGGGAAGUUGUUUCUGAGGAUGAGGAUAUCGAGGAACUUUUCUCAGUAUGUGAGGGUGGGGAUGCUGAAUCUCCUAUUGAAAAAUUGAAUGAGCUGCUAGAUAUUUCCGAAUUUCAUUUAGAUGAUUAUCUAACAGCAUUGAAGAAUUUCAAAUUGGAAAACAAACAUCAUUUCAGCAAACUUCAAACCCGAAGUGCUGUGGACGAUCAAAUAUUGUUGAUUGAUGAAUUGAUAACCAUAACAAUGAUCUUGAGAAACAUUUCUUUUGCAGAGUAUAAUAAAGAGCCCAUGGCAGGAAAUCGUCUUUUUAAAGAUUUAUUGUUUUCAAUUGUCAAAAACGUUGCACUAAGCAAUGAAAAAUUUGUGUUUAGUCGCAAACGAUUAUGUUUAUUAAAGGAUUGCCUUUUAAUGUUAGACAACAUUUCUUUAUAUACUCAUUUGCACACCUUAGAGGAAGCAUUCCUAUCGUUUGUUUUAGUUGCAUCCUUUGGGCCUAAGAUUGAGGAUCAAUACAAGAUCCCACGAUGCAAUAUUGAAACCCACUCGUAUUUUGCCUUUGGUCUUGAUGCAUUUACAAAGUUAAUGGUCAGAGAGCCAUAUAAUAGAUCAUUAAUUCAGGCAGUUUUAAAUGGAACCUUGAAUGCCAGUAUGACAGGGUACUCUGUAAGUUUACAGGAUCAAGAGUACACAAGAAAAUUAAUCAAGGCUUAUAAUAAAGACUAUAAGUCAGCAUCACUCUUGAGUCAAGCUUUCCAGAUGUAUAUGAGUAUAUUGCCUUUUGAUGCAAACACAUUUGAGUUGUCAAAAUUUAUUUUUAUGAGGAGUCCGACAAUUUCACAAAUGUUGUUUGGGGCCAAAUUGUUAAUAGAUAUGGUUCCAGUUGAUGAUUUGAACACACAUCAUAACAGAUUGUCUCUUUAUUGGUUGUUGGAGAACAGAGAGUUAUUGUUGGGUAAUUUUGCCAGAAUAGUCGUUGCUUUAGCAACAGAAACUGGAAAGUUCCCACGCGAAUCGCCCGAGCACAAGAUUUUGUCACUGGUAUUGUGCAAGGCAUUAGUUGUUAUUAAUUCAUUGGUUAACAAUGCAGUUUUGGCCAAGGAAAUAGGAGACCUGCGACACACCGACUUGAUGGAGAGUUUGACAGAUUGUUUAGCCUUCCCUAGAAUAAUACCUGAUACUAUUUUAACAUUGGAUACCUUUUUGGCACCUACAAUUGAUACCAAUUUAGGCAAAGAAGUUGUCAGACUACUUAGGUAUUUGAAGGAUUUAAAGGCUUGUGAGGGGAUCUAG